AUGGCCGCCAGGAUCCGGGCAGCUGCGUGCUGGGAAUUAUUGUCAUUCAAAGAUAUAUCCAUGGACUUCACCCGAGAAGAAUGGCAGUUGCUGGAUUCUGCGCAGAAGUACCUGUACAGGGAUGUGAUACUGGAAAAUUAUCGCAACCUGGUUUCUGUAGGGUAUCAUGGUACCAAACCUGAUCUAAUCUUCAAGUUGGAGCAAGGAGAAGAGCCAUGGACAAGAAAUGCCAAAAUUUCUCAUCAGAGCUGUCCAGAAGUUUGGAAGGAGUGGUACCAGAGGAAUCAAGAUGAGCUUCAAAGUCUUGAGAGAAACCAUGCUUGUAACACAUUUGGAAAACUUCAUCUGAGCAAAACCCAGGCUUCUUCAAGACAAAGACUCCAUAAGUGUAACACACUUGGAAAAAGUUUGACACAGAACUCAGGUUUAACCAGAAGAUAUCUAAGAAAGAGUCCUGAUAAUUUUCAUGGAUAUGAACCAUCAUAUUUUCUCAAGCAUCCAAGAGCUCACAGUACAGAAAAAAACUGUGUAUGUGGUGAAUGUGGGAAAGCUUUUCGUUGUAAAUCACAGCUCGUUGUUCAUCUCAGGAUUCACACAGGGGAGAGACCUUACGAGUGCACUAAGUGUGAGAGAGCCUUCAGUGCCAAGUCAAACCUUAAUGCUCAUCAGAGGGUUCAUACAGGAGAAAAACCCUACUCCUGCGGCCAGUGUGGCAAAGUCUUCUCGUUCAGGUCACAGCUCAUUGUCCAUCAGGAAAUCCACUCGGGAGGGAAACCUUACGGCUGCCGUGAAUGUGGGAAGGCCUAUAGCUGGAAAUCGCAGCUCAUUUUACACCAGAGAAGUCACACAGGUGUGAAGCCCUACGAAUGCGGCGAAUGUGGGAAAGCCUUUAGUUUGAAGUCACCCUUCGUCGUCCACCAGAGAACUCACACAGGGGUGAAACCCCAUAAAUGCAACGAGUGCGGGAAAGCCUUUCGGAGUAAGUCCUACCUCCUCGUUCACGUCAGAAUGCACACAGGAGAGAAGCCUUACCAAUGCAGCGACUGUGGGAAAGCCUUCCAUAUGAAGACACAGCUCAUCGUCCACCAGGGAGUUCACACGGGGAAUAACCCUUACCAGUGCAGUGAGUGUGGGAAGGCCUUCGGCAGGAAGGAGCAGCUCACGGCACACCUGAGAGCUCACACAGGAGAGAAGCCCUACGGGUGCAGUGAGUGCGGGAAGGCUUUCAGCAGCAAGUCGUACCUCGUCAUCCACAGGAGGACACACACCGGAGAGAGGCCCUACGAGUGUGGUUUCUGCGAGAGGGCCUUUUGUGGGAAGUCACAGCUCAUCAUCCAUCAGAGAACUCACUCGACGGAGAAGCCCUAUGAAUGCAGUGAGUGUGAGAAAGCCUAUCCGAGGAAGGCAUCGCUCCAGAUACACCAGAAAACUCACUCGGGAGAGAAACCCUUCAAAUGCAGCGAGUGCGGUAAAGCCUUCACUCAGAAGUCCUCUCUCAGCGAACACCAGCGAGUUCACACGGGAGAGAAACCAUGGAAAUGCUCUGAGUGCGGAAAAUCCUUCUGUUGGAACUCAGGGCUCCGUAUACACAGGAAAACGCACAAGUGA